AUGUAUUCAGUGGCCAACUCGACUCAUUCCACGAUGACAACAGUGGCCAAGUGUGUCUAUGAUGAUUUCUUAGCUCCAACACCACUUCGAUCAGCUCGGGUAAUUAUUGAAGGACGCUCAUUAUAUGUGAAUCCUGGUUGGCUUGCCGAAUUUUCAAGUUUUUUCGCCGCCAUGUUUUUUGGCAAAAAUGUGGGUGAAGAAUUAACCCUUGGCAGUGAAGUGAGCUACGAUCAUUUCAUCGAAUUACUAAGAGUUGUGUGUUAUUGUCCCACUCGCAAACCCAUAACAAUUUCUAACGUCAUUGUUGUUUUAAAAAUGGCUCAUUAUUUUGGAAUGAAGCCAGUAAUCGAGAAAUGUGAAGAUGUCAUUGUUAGACAGGCGAAUACAUUGGACAGAGUGAAGUUAUUCCAAAUUGCAUGUGCCGUCGCUGAGCAUGAUCGUUACUCCCCCACCAUGACACUACUCAUCGAUAAACUCUCCGCCAUGAAACGAGAAGAACUGUCAAAGUUGCGUUUCUCGCAGGUGCCCGGUGAUGUUGUAGCCGAUGUAUUUGCCGCAAAAAUGAAACGACGUGAGAUGAAACGGAAGAAGUGGUGUUGCUUAUUAUGA